UAUACACUUGUACAUGAUCGAGCAGUGAAGGAGAUACCCUCUUCUUCCCGUCAAAUUGCCUCCUCUUAAUAUGCAGAUCCAAAAAUUAGAAGAGGCCGCGCGUUCUUCAUCAUCUGCACCGCGACGCCGGUAAUUCGCUUAGGAUAAACUUUCGACUAGGCGGACUAGCUUCAGGCUAGUCAUGCCAGAACAACCCAAGGGAAGUGGUCCUCCUGCCAAUGGGCACACACCUUCCGGGGGUGGCUAUAAUAUUGAUUUGGAUACCUUUAGUAGGCGGCUUAUGGCACUAUAUGCACACUGGCGUGAACAUAGAGAUGAUAUUUGGGGUUCCUCUGAUGUUCUAGCUAUAGCAACACCUCCUCCUUCUGAGGACUUGAGAUACUUGAAAUCUUCAGCCAUGAACAUUUGGUUGCUUGGAUAUGAGUUUCCAGAAACGAUUAUGAUUUUCGGAGAAAAGCAGAUCCAUUUUAUAUGUAGCCAAAAGAAAGCAACGUUACUUGAAGUUGUGUCAGAAACUGUUCAAGAGGCCGUGGGUGCUGAUAUUGUUAUGCAUGUGAAAGGCAAAAAUGAGGAUGGGACUACACAAAUGGAUGCUAUUCUCCAUUCAAUCAGCACUCAACAUAAAACGCCUGUCAUUGGGUACAUUGCAAGAGAGACACCUGAGGGGAAACUCAUUGAGACAUGGGCUAACAAGUUAAAGAAAUCUGGACUUCAACUUGGUGAUAUAACACACGGAAUAUCUUAUAUUUUAGCUGUAAAGGACCAGAAUGAGAUUAUAAAUGUGAAGAAAGCUGCUUAUUUGACUGCUUCCACACUGAAGAACUUUGUGGUUCCAAAGCUUGAAAAGAUCAUAGAUGAGGAGAAAAAAGUAACACAUUCCUCAUUGACGGAUGAGACAGAAAAGGCUAUGCUUGAACCAGCUAAAGUCAAAGUGAAGCUGAAGUCUGAUAAUAUUGAUAUAUGUUACCCACCCAUCUUCCAGAGCGGUGGGAACUUUGAUCUUAGACCCAGUGCGGUCAGCGAUGAUGAAACUCUCUACUACGAUUCUCCCAGCGUUAUCAUAUGUGCCGUUGGUUCUCGAUACAACAGCUACUGCUCAAAUGUUGCCAGAACAUUCCUCAUUGAUUCGAUUCCAAUGCAGAGCAAGGCUUAUGAAGUGCUUCUUAAAGCUCAUGGGGCUGCAAUUGAUUCCUUGAAUCCAGGCAACAAGAUCAGUGCUGUUUAUCAGGCAGCACUUGCUGUGGUUGAGAGGGAUGCUCCUGAACUGGUUGGCAACUUAACAAAAACGGCAGGCACUGGAAUUGGUCUGGAGUUCCGAGAGUCGGGGUUGCUGCUCAAUGCGAAAAAUGAUAAAGAGCUGAAAGCAGGGAUGGUGUUUAAUGUGUCAUUGGGUUUUCAGAACGUGAAGGCUGAAACCAGCAAACCCAAGAGUAGGAACUUCUCACUUCUGCUUGCAGACACGGUGAUCCUCACAAGCGAAGGCCAUGAGGUGGUAACCAAACUAAUCUCCAAAGCUCUCAAGGAGGUUGCAUACACAUUCAAUGAGGGUGAAGAGGAAGAGAAGCUUAAAGUCAAAGCUGAGUCCAUUAGCAAGGAAGCCUUACAUUCAAAGGCAACACUUCGCUCAGACAAUCAAGAGAUAUCUAAAGAAGAGCUGCGGAGGCAGCACCAAGCAGAACUUGCUCGGCAGAAGAAUGAGGAAACUGCUAGACGUCUUGCCGGUGAAGGUGUGGUCAAUGGAGAUAGACGGUCUGCUGUUCGUGCUUCAAGUGAACUUGUAGCCUACAAGAAUGUCAAUGAUCUACCACCAACUCCUAAAGAAAUGAUGGUUCAGGUUGACCAGAAGAAUGAAGCUCUCCUUCUACCUAUUUAUGGAAGCUUGGUGCCUUUCCACAUCUCUACUGUGAAGACAGUGACCAGUCAGUAUGACAGUAACCGCAACUCUUACAUUAGAAUCAUCUUCAAUGUUCCAGGCAUGCCUUUUGCAUCAAGUGAUGCGAAUGUGUCCAAGAAUCAAUCGGCUAUUUAUCUGAAAGAGGUUUCUUAUCGUUCUAAGGAUUCGCGGCAUAUAAAUGAAGUGAACCAGCAGAUUAAAACACUUAGACGCAAUGUUAUGGCGAGGGAGUCUGAAAGGGCUGAGAGAGCCACUCUGGUCACUCAAGAGAAACUUGUAGUGGCUGGAAAUAAAUUUAAGCCGGUCAGGUUGCCUGAUUUGUGGAUCCGUCCCGUUUUUGGUGGCCGUGCUAGAAAGCUCCCCGGCACCCUGGAAGCUCAUGUGAAUGGUUUCCGAUAUUCGACCACGAGACAGGAUGAACGCGUUGAUAUAAUGUAUGGAAAUGUGAAGCAUGCAUUUUUUCAGCCAGCAGAGAAAGAAAUGAUCACUCUUCUUCAUUUUCAUCUUCACAACCACAUAAUGGUGGGGAACAAGAAAACUAAAGACGUGCAGUUCUAUGUUGAGGUGAUGGACGUCGUCCAAACCCUUGGCGGUGGAAAGAGGUCUGCGUAUGACCCAGACGAGAUUGAAGAAGAACAGAGGGAGAGGGACCGGAAGAACAAAAUUAACAUGGAUUUCCAGAACUUCGUGAACCGAGUAAAUGAUAUUUGGACCCAACCCCAGUUCAAGGGUCUUGACCUGGAAUUCGAUCAACCGCUGAGGGAGCUUGGGUUUCACGGAGUUCCCUACAAAUCAUCAGCCUUCAUAGUUCCGACGUCAAGCUGUUUGGUUGAGCUGAUAGAGAUGCCGUUCCUGGUUAUCACCCUUGGUGAGAUAGAGAUUGUCAACUUGGAGAGGGCGGGUUUUGGACAGAAGAACUUCGACAUGGCAAUUGUUUUCAAGGACUUCAAGCGUGAUGUAAUGCGUAUAGAUUCAAUUCCUAUAUCCUCACUUGACGGAAUCAAAGAGUGGCUUGACACAACCGACAUCAAGUACUACGAGAGCAAGCUUAACCUGAACUGGCGCCCUAUAUUGAAAACAAUCAUAGAUGAUCCACAGAGAUUCAUUGACGAAGGCGGCUGGGAAUUCUUGAACUUGGAGGGGAGUGACUCUGAAACUGACGACACUGAGGAUUCGGAUGCAGAGUUCGAGCCUACAGAUAAUGAACCUGAAUCAGAUUCUGAGGCUGAGGAGUCAAGCGCAUCUUUGGUGGAGUCUGACGACAAUGUAGACGAUGAGAUGGUGGAGUCAGAGGAAGAUAAAGGGAAAACAUGGGAUGAGUUGGAGAAGGAAGCAAGCUAUGCAGAUAGGGAGAAAGGUGAUGAAUCAGACAGCGAGGAUGAGAGGCGACGAAGGAAAAAGACGUUUGGCAAGUCAAGGGGGGGAGGCCCCAGCAGUAGUGCUGGCCCACCAAAGCGUCCCAGGUUCAGGUAACCCCCACCCACACACAAACAUGUACUACUCUUGCAAGAGCACUUGAACGAAAUUGUAUAGCGAUAAAGCCUUUAAACAUUAUUCUUUGUUUUUUACACCGGGCUACUUUUGUGAAGUUUUUUUCCGUCCAAUGUAUGGUGGACAGGUAAUAGGUACUUGGUACUAGUUUCUUAUAGGUGUCGUAGGCUUUAAUUUAUUUGGAAAACUCACCGAGUCACCGUUGCACAAUGCUGCUAUGCUGUUUGUGCUUUUGUAGCUGAGUGUUGGGAAACUAAGUUGAAAGUACUGUAGCAUCAAUAUAAUGAAUGGUCAAAUGGAAGAAAGUCCAGAGUAUCAGCUUACACUGAAC